AUGAUUUCAACUUCCGCCCCACCAAUUUUGCGCGCAGAAUCAGCGAUCGAACCUUCACAUCGUCAAGCAUCACAAAAAUCGUUCAAGAUGCAGAUUUUCGUGAAGACCCUGACGGGCAAGACCAUCACCCUUGAGGUCGAGUCCUCCGACACGAUCGACAAUGUCAAGUCCAAGAUCCAGGACAAGGAGGGCAUUCCCCCGGACCAGCAGCGAUUGAUCUUUGCUGGCAAGCAGCUCGAGGAUGGCCGCACCCUUUCCGACUACAACAUCCAGAAGGAGUCCACCCUCCACCUCGUCCUCCGUCUGCGUGGUGGUGUCAUUGAGCCCUCUCUGAAGGUUCUGGCCUCCAAGUUCAACUGCGACAAGAUGAUCUGCCGCAAGUGCUACGCCCGUCUCCCUCCCCGUGCCACCAACUGCCGUAAGCGAAAGUGCGGUCACACCAACCAGCUCCGACCCAAGAAGAAGCUCAAAUAA